AAUCAAUGAAAAGGAAAUUAGAAAGACGAAAGGCUAAAGUUCUGCUAUUCUCCAAUUUGCUGCGACAAAAAAUCAAUCUUCUUCUUUGCGUUCUCUUCUUAUCUCCUCCAUCGCAAUCCAAUUGCUCAAGAACAAGAAGAACAAUAAGAAGAAGAAGAUGCGGCGCUCUGCUACAAGAAAAACCGGUCAACCCAAUUCAACUUCCGUUAAUUCUUCCGCCGUCGAUCUCUUUCGCUCCGCCUCAAGUAGAGCAAGCUCAAAAGAGUUGGAACGAAUUGAUAGCCUAUUUUACUCAUAUGCCAAUGCCUCUUCUGGUUUGAUCGAUCCAGAAGGAAUUGAAAGUCUUUGUUCAGACAUGGAAGUGAAUCACACUGAUGUUAGGAUCUUGAUGCUUGCUUGGAAAAUGAAAUCUGAAAAGCAAGGAUAUUUUAACCUGGAAGAAUGGCGCACAGGCCUCAAAUCCCUGAGGGCUGACACUGUUAGUAAAUUAAAGAAGGCGCUACCAGAUCUCGAGAAAGAGGUAAGGAGGCCGUCAAACUUUGUGGACUUCUAUUCUUAUGCAUUUCGGUAUUGUUUAACAGAGGAGAAGCAAAAGAGUAUUGACAUAGAGAGUAUAUGCGAGUUAUUGGAUCUUGUUUUAGGGUCUCAGUUUCAUCCCCAAGUCGAUGCUUUUGUUGAAUACUUGAAGAUACAAAGUGACUAUAAGGUUAUUAACAUGGAUCAAUGGAUGGGCUUCUUUCGAUUUUGCAAUGAGAUAAGUUUUUCCGACCUGAGCAAUUACGACUCGGAGCUUGCUUGGCCAUUGAUCCUCGACAAUUUUGUUGAAUGGUUGCAAGCAAAACAGAAUUAAAAAAAAAACCUGAUGUGUUCCAUCAUGCAAUGUAUUUUGAUGAUAUACGCCACAGUUGUUGAAGCAAGCUCACCAUCGAUUACACGUUUGCAUAGCAGCAGUAUUUUCAACUAUAUCUUCUUUCCCCCCCCCCCUUUUUUUACUCUUUUUUAACUUCUCUUUGAAAUCAGUGGUCAUUCCCAUUAUGUUCAAAUUAUCAUUUCAAACAUUCAUGGAUUAUUCUUCUGCUAAUUUAUUGAAGUUUCUUCCUGUAUUUUUGUGGCCUCCAUUCUUCAUCAUGUUACUUUAGCUAUUCAAUUGAUAUUGACUCACUAUUUUGACAGACUUUUUAUCCAUGAAAUGAAACAGCAGCUCAAGCUGAAAUUUGCCCGACAGCAA